UAAUAUCCGGUAAUUCCGCGGAGAAGGAAUAUCAUUCGCUAUCAUCGUCCCGCCAAGAAUAUCAGACGCAUAUUAUUAUUAUUAUUAUUAUUAUAGAAUAUUAUUGUAAAUUCUAUUAUAACGUUUAUUUGUGUACGACGUGAACGGGUGAAGACGGCGGCGGCCGGCGCGCAUUGAUAAUCGCGGCAAUCGCGCGAUCGGUGCACGCGGACAAACACAAUUACUGUUUACUUCGCGGCCUCACGCGUUAAAGUCUCAAAUCUCUUUCAUAUUACUUUUCGUCGUCGUUUGAAGUCGAAACGCCGUCCGUAUUUACUUCGCGCGGCCACACGCGUUAAAGUCUCAAAUCUCUUUCGUAUUACUUUUCGCCGUCGUCGUCGUCGUCGUUUAAAGUCCAAACGCCGUGCGGAAAUCGCCGUUCCGCUAUAAGUAUCGCUGGGUACUUACUCUUUGGUGUUUCCAUCGUACCCGCUGCUGCGAGCCGAUCGCGUUAUUUAUAUAAUAUUAUUUUCAAACAAAAUCAAAAAUAAUGUCCAGGACUACUGCGUAUGAUAAAUACAUCAAACAUAAUAAAAGUUACACAAAAGAUUCUAAAUAUACAAUAUCAAGUAUAAGAGCUCAGAUAAUAACUGAAGAUAAUGUAAUUGCAUCAACACCAACUAAACAAAAAGUCAAGACAAAAAAAUCUUAUAUUUGUGAUAUUUGUGAUGGACAGUUUUUACAUAAAGACGGCUUAAUAUCUCACAUUAAGAAUCAUAUGCAAGAAAGAAAAAUUGAAUGUUCUACUUGUAAUAAACGGUUUUUAAGAAAAGCACAUCUCGAACUUCACAUUAGGAUUCAUACUGGUGUAAAAAAAUUCAAAUGCAAUGUUUGUAAUAAAUCAUUUGCACGGUUGGAUAAUUUAGAAACACACAGUAAUAAGCAUACGGGAGAAAAACAAUUCAAGUGUGGUAUUUGUAAUGUAUCAAUUUCACAUAUAACGCUCUUGAAACGUCACAAUAAGACGCAUACUGGGUAUAGACCAUAUAAAUGCGAUUUUUGUUCUAAAUCAUUUGCACGAGUGGAUAAUUUAAAAGAUCACAUGAACACUCAUACGAGAGAAAAUCAAUUUAAAUGUAACGUUUGUGAUAAAUAUUUUACAUACAAAGCACUCUUAAAACGUCACAAUAUGACUCAUACAGGGUAUAAACCGCAUAAAUGCAAUUUUUGCAAUGAAUCAUAUUCACGGACGGAUAAUUUAAAGCGUCACAUAAAGAGGGUUCAUUCGAAAAAAAAACAAUUUUAAAUAUAAUAUUCGUAAUAAAUGGCUUCUAUGUGAAGGACACAAAACUUCACAUCACAUACAUCGAAUACAACAUUUUUAUACAAGUUUUUCUCUUGUAAUAUCAUUAGGUAGUCACCAAAUUAUUCAUAACGUUCAUUAACCUUUUAAUUGGGAUACAGGUAAAAAAUAUUUAAAACAGAAAGCACAUACAAAAAGUUUGGUGAAAAAUCAUAACAAUUAUUAUUUAAUUUAAUAGAUUAAAGAUAAAGCAGAAGGAAUUAUGGGAGUUCCACCUUCCUUUCUGAAAAACAUAUUGUUAUAUGUAUUAAUUUUUGUUAUUUUAUUAUAUUUGAGUUAAAAACAUAGCCUAGUUUAUAAGACAUGUGUUGAGAAAUGUUAUUUUAAUUAAACAUAUGUCAUCAACUUUCAUUAUAUUAUAUUAUUUAAUUUAAUAGAUUAAAGAUAAAGCAGAAGGAAUCAUGGGAGUUCCGCCUUCCUUUCUGAAGAACAUAUUGUUAUAUGUAUUAAUUUGUAUGUUAUUGUACCAAGUUUAUUUUAUUAUAUUUGAGUUAAAAACAAAGCCUAGUUUAUAUAACAUAUGUUUAGAAGUGUUAUUUUAAUUAAACAUGUCAUCAACUUUAAUUAUAUUGUACUAUAUAUCUUACCAUACAAUAAUUUGUUAUUUUCUAAAAUAUUUUUUAAAAUUACAUUGUCUUGAUUA